AUGCCUGAGCCUGCUAAAUCCGCGCCGGUGCCCAAGAAGGGGUCGAAGAAGGCCAUCACCAAGACGCAGAAAAAAGGCGACAAGAAGCGCAGGAAGAGCCGCAAGGAGAGCUACUCCAUCUACGUCUACAAGGUCCUCAAACAGGUCCACCCCGACACCGGCAUCUCCUCCAAGGCCAUGAGCAUCAUGAACUCCUUCGUCAACGACAUCUUCGAGCGCAUCGCGGCCGAGGCUUCCCGCCUGGCCCACUACAACAAGCGCUCCACCAUCACCUCCCGCGAGAUCCAGACGGCCGUGCGCCUCCUGCUGCCCGGCGAGCUGGCUAAGCACGCCGUCUCCGAAGGGACCAAGGCCGUCACCAAGUACACCAGCUCCAAGUAAACCAAGUAGGCUUUGGAGUGGACCGCAGGGAAGACUUAACCCUCUCAACCC